UUGGACUAUGACAGGGAGAGCCAACCCACGACCAUCUUGUCACUGGACCAGAUCAAGGCCAUCAGGGGCAGCAACGAAUACACCGAAGGGCCAUCCGUGGUCAAAAAAUCAGGUCCACGGACAGCACCGAGGCAAGAGAAGCACGAAAGGACUCACGAGAUUAUACCAAUUAAUGUGAAUAAUAAUUACGAACACAGGCCCAGCCACGUGGGGCACGUGGCACAUCAGCAUAACACGAGAGCUCCCGUCCUGAGCCGCUCCACCAGCACGGGGAGCGCGGCCAGCUCUGGCAGCAACAGCAGUGCCUCCUCGGAGCAAGGGCUGCUGGGGCGGUCGCCCCCGUCCCGGCCGGGCUCCGGCCACAGGUCCGACCGGACAAUCCGGGCGCAGCCCAAACAGUCGUCUCUGAUCGUGGAUGAUCUGAAGGGUCCUUUGAAAGAGGACUUGACGCAGCACAAGUUUAUCUGCGAACAGUGUGGGAAGUGCAAGUGUGGGGAGUGCACGGCGCCGCGGGCCCUCCCGUCCUGCCUGGCCUGCAACCGGCAGUGCCUGUGCUCGGCCGAGAGCAUGGUGGAGUACGGCACCUGUAUGUGCCUGGUCAAAGGGAUCUUCUACCACUGUUCCAACGACGAUGAAGGGGACUCUUACGCGGAUAAUCCCUGCUCCUGUUCCCAGUCACACUGCUGUUCUAGGUACCUGUGCAUGGGAGCCAUGUCCUUGUUUCUGCCUUGCUUGCUCUGCUACCCUCCGGCAAAAGGAUGCCUAAAACUGUGCCGAGGGUGUUACGACCGCGUCAAUCGUCCGGGUUGCCGAUGCAAGAACUCCAACACGGUCUAUUGUAAACUGGAGAGUUGCCCCUCCCGAGGUCAGGGCAAGCCCUCAUGA